GAAAGAGAGAGAGUGAACAGGAAAGAGGGAAAUCAGUGGAUCCUGAGGAAGGUGGAAUAGGUGGGGAGAGCAGAAUGGAGAGUGGUGAAGAAGGUAGCAGAAUAAAGAGAGUGGUGAAGGUUGACCAGCUGUGCACAUUUUUACCAGUGGAGGGGGGUCACGCUCAGUAGCACCUGAAUAUUAAGAAAUGUUUCACAAAACAAAAACAUUAAAACUUGGUCUGGAGUUCAAAGAUGAUGAGGUGUUCGGGUGCAACAGUAAAAAUGAGUUCAACUUCAGAAACGUGGAUGAAACCUCCCUGAGAUUUGUGUCAAGAGUCAAAACUAAAGAAGUCAUCGUUCACACCUACCAACUGGCCUAUUUGUGGCAGCUCUGUGGUGACCAGAUUUGCUCAGAUUAGCAGGACCUGGCCUCACAAUACAGCUUUGUUGUAGAAACAGAUUAUCACAUCAAGUGACCGGAGGUGUAAGACUCCCUCGCUCUGUUUUUGGUCCCUUUCCUGUUUUCCACACUGUCCCUGAAAGCUGCCCUCACACAUCUCCAGCAACGGGUACAAGGCAGAAGGUUCUUAUUCUUAGUGGUAAGUGGGUCAGUUUAACCCGGUGAGCAAAAUCUUAAAUAAAAUCAUUAAUCUAACAAAGUUAAUUUACAAUCAGGAAGGGUAAAUCUAGGCUUGUCGACGUGGAUGUCAUAAACUUCUUUGUCGUUGUAGAAUCCAGUCCAGUUUGUUUCCUUCAUGCCUGAAAUGACCAGCAGGUUAGGUAAGAAGAAGCAGCAGCGAUGACCGUGACGUACUCCCGCAGAGUUGCCGAUGCAGGUUUGGGGACUUUCUUCCACCUGCUGCUGCGAUGGAAGGGCAGCAUCUACAAACUGCUCUACAGAGAGCUCCUCAUCUUCACUCUGCUCUACUACUUCCUCAGCGUCCUUUACAGGUUGGUGUUAAACACCGACCAGAAGAGACUGUUUGAGAAACUGUCCAUAUACUGUGACCGCUACGCAGAGCUCAUCCCUGUGUCGUUUGUGUUGGGUUUCUAUGUGACGUUGGUGGUAUCUCGUUGGUGGGGUCAGUUUGAGAACAUACCCUGGCCAGACCGUUUGGCUACAUUAGUGGGAGGUCAUGUCCGUGGAAACGAUGAAACAGCAAAGCUGAUCCGAAGAACACUGAUGCGCUAUGUCAACCUCUCCGGUGUCCUCAUCUACCGAUCUGUAAGCACAGCUGUCUACAAGAGGUUUCCAACCAUGGAGCAUCUGGUCCAGGCCGGUUUGAUGAGCUCAGAAGAGCUGAGACACCUUGAGGACCUGCCCUCCCCUCACAACAAGUUCUGGGUACCCUGCAUGUGGUUCGUCAGCCUGGCCCUGAGAGCUCGAACUGAGGGUCGCAUCAACAACGACGUGGCCCUCACGGCCAUUUUCUCCGAGCUGAACAGUCUACGAGCGAGGUGCAUGAAGCUGUACGGUUAUGACUGGAUCAGCCUGCCUCUCGUCUACACUCAGGUGGUAACAGUUGCAGUCUACAGCUUCUUUCUGGCUUGUCUGAUUGGCCGCCAGUUCUUGGAUCCAAGUCAGGGAUAUCCGGGUCAUGAUGUUGAUUUCUACCUGCCCGUUUUCACGCUGUUGCAGUUUUUUUUCUAUGUUGGUUGGUUGAAGGUGGCUGAACAACUAAUAAACCCUUUUGGUGAAGACGACGAUGACUUUGAAACAAACUGGCUUGUUGACCGCAACUUGCAGGUGUCUUUGUUAUCGGUGGAUGAAAUGUACGACAGCCUUCCACUGGUUGAGAAGGACAUGUACUGGAAUGAGUCAGAGCCAGAACCGCCCUACACACCUGCCAGUGCUGAACAUCGAAAACCAUCCUUCCUGGGAUCAGCACUAGACAUCAGUGUUCCCAAGGAGGAGAUGGAGUUUCAGUCUAACCUGGAACAGAUCAAAGAAAAUGAAGAGGCCAACUACUCCACCCCCCUGCUUGGAGGGCUGGGUCGUCUUUUAGGGGUCCAGUCCCCUCACUUCCCGCGCUCAUCCAGGGUGCCUUUACUACGGCGGCGGCCAGGAGCUCCUCUAAGCCGCUUCCCUCUUUAUUUGCACCCAGAAGCACCGACUCAAGGUCAAGCUCGCCAGCCUUUGAAUCAGGAGCGGGAUCCAGACUAUGCCUUCUCGACGAUGCCGUUGUUUGAGAGACCAGGGUUUUACAGCUGCCCACAAACACCCAUCCAUAAUGAGCCUCCAGCUGUGCCUCGCCCUCGGUACCAACGGCGCACCCAGAAUGACUGGGAUCGCAGCUGUAGCUCCAUGGCUCCUCAGAUGGUUAGCUCUCAGUUUCUUCCUCCAGACACUCCAAGCCACAUUCCACCACCGCCAUCUUCUGCAUUACCCUGGGUGAGCGGGAAUGGCGAGAUACAGAGUGGUCCAGCCUUCUCCUUCCCUGACCCACCACCGGAGCUCUAUCCAAUAUCUAAACUUAGACCAGGGCAUGGCCUCUUGUCUCGCCGUCCUCUUCUUCCUCGCCUGACUUUGGAAACCCUUCCCUCCUCCGACAGCCAGGCUGGACCUCCAAGUGCUCAGGCCAACGGAAGUGGAGGUGAAAGAGUGUUCUCAUUUACUCCCCCCUCUCACACAGUGGUACCAAAUCCCAGUAAUCCCAACAGCAGCUCCAGCAGCAUUAAUGCAACAAGCACCAACGGCACAAGCACAACAGGAAGUCUCUGUAAUGGAAUCAGUAUCCAUGGUAACUUCAGCUCAAACACCAAGGUGAGCAAUGGGGGCACAAAUGGUGGACCGAGCAGUAUCACAAACACAACUCCCACUACAGAACCAACACAGCUAGAUACCAAUCAGCAAAUUCUGUCCAAUGAUUCUGGGAUCUCAUUGGCUGACGGGGACCUGCUGGGAGUUCUGGUGGACGAGGGGGUGAAGAACGCCACAGGAGGAAGGGAGCAGGACUGAGAAAAAUGGGUUUGACACCAGAAAAAAAGGAAGUGGGAGCAGCCAAUGUAAAGUUACACAUAAGUUUGAGAAAUAUAUAUUUAAAGACUUGAGUUUGGCAUUUGGCAAACAUCUUUGCUGGUUUGGGGCCUGAAGUGGCCAUGUCUGGACCAGAAGGUAAAACUGGAGGAAGUUUUUUAAACUGAAGAAAAACACAUAUUAGUGACAUAAUAUUUAUUUAAAUUGUAGUUAUUUAAAUGACAAAUCACAAUUCUGCUGAUCACGAGGGCUGAUUUUCAUGUGAAAAUGACUGAAUUUUCUACAGUAAGCAAACAUUUGAAAGGCCAGCUCCCAGUGACACGUCUCAGAGUUAUACCCAUCUUUUAUGCAUUUAUAAGUUAGACACAAUGAGCUUUAACUUUUAAAAUUCCACAGUAAACAAGAAUCUCUUCACUGUUUACAAUUCUGAACAAAUCCUUUAUUUUAUUUUUUUUACUGAAUUUUGUUACUUUUUGUCCGGACACCACCUUGAGAUUUCAGUGGUGCGAUGUGGAAAAACGACACCAAACAGCAUACACUCAUUCCCUCUAGAUGUAUGUACUUUGUGUCCUAAUAAAUAAAUAAAUAAAUAAAUAAAUACAUAAAUAAGUAAACAUGCUUCUUUUGUUGCUGCUCUUAAAAUGAAAAUCCUGUAAACUAAUUGUAUAUCAUUGUUUUAUUUCCAUCAUGAUACAAGAAUACUGUAGGUACAAUUGUUCAUGUUAAAAAAUACAAAAUUAACACUUUCAAACAAAAAUAACUUGACAAAAAAAAAUGUCAAACACUGUGUUUAAUCUUCAUCUGAAAAUCUGGCUUAAUCAUGUUUCAUUUCUUGACCACGUCAGUGUAGAAAACUCUAAACAAACAACUGCAGCCAUUGUAAAGAUUCUUCAAAUAUAAACAAAACAUAAAGCAAAAAAAUUAACAAAAUUUUCAACUAUUAUAAUGUGUGUAUGACUUUGCUGUGGUAUUUUUUAUUUGAUUUCCUGGCUUGUAAUUCAUUAUAUGUAUAUGUGUGUGUGUAUAUAUAUAUAUAUAUAUAUACACACACACACACAUAUAUAUAUAUAUAUAUAUAAUAUAUACAUAUAUAUAUAUAUAAUAUAUACAUAUAUAUAUAUAAUAUAUACAUACAUAUAUACAUACAUACAUACAUAUACAUAUAUAUAUACAUAUAUAUAUAUAUAUAUAUAUAUAUAUAUAUAUAUAUAUAUAUAUAUAUAUAUAUAUAUAUAUAUAUAUAUAUACAUAUACACACACAUAAGUCUAAUUGAAGGUUUUGGCUAUAUUGAUAGAUAGAAUUAAACCACGUUAUGGUGUAACAAUGAACCUGAAAUGUUAAAACCUGGAAAUAUUUAUUGUGGCAGAGUCGAGUUUAAUAAAUUAAUCUUCAAAGUGAAGCACUAACUUAAUCACUGCCAAGUAGAGGUCGACCGAUAUUGGUUUUUCUAUUGCCGAUACCGAUAAGUAAGAGACAUGGUCAGCCAGUGGCCCAAACCGCGAUACUUUCCCCCUUAUUUUCAUGCUAAAAUGUCACUAAUAACAUCAGUUGAUGAACACAAUAUCUGUAGCUGGAUCAGCUUUUUUUUAACUCUGAAUUUAACUAACUGUUCAAGUUUUACUUUGUGCACUGGGCAGUGUUAAA